GGUUUCUGAGGGAGGAAAACCUUGCUUGUCACCAUGGCAGUGGACGACUACGAGGAGCUUCUCAAGUACUACGAAAUACGUGAAACGGUUGGUACAGGUGGCUUUGCGAAGGUUAAACUGGCUUGUCACCGGCUCACUGGCGAGCAGGUUGCAGUAAAAAUAAUGGACAAGUUAGCGCUGGGGGAUGACUUGCCUCGUGUCAAGACGGAGAUCGAAGCCAUGAAGAGCUUAAGCCACCAGCACAUCUGCCGGUUAUACCAGGUGAUCGAGACACCAGAGAAGAUAUUCAUGGUGCUGGAGUACUGCCCUGGCGGAGAGCUCUUCGAUUAUAUUAUAGCGAAAGAUCGCCUAACAGAAGAAGAAGCCCGUAUCUUUUUCCGUCAGAUUGUCUCUGCGAUUGCGUACGUGCAUAGUCAUGGGUACGCUCACCGGGAUCUCAAGCCAGAGAACUUGCUGAUCGAUGCCGAGCACAACCUGAAGCUGAUUGACUUCGGUCUCUGUGCAAAGCCAAAGGGUGGCUUGGAUUACCAUCUGAACACAUGUUGCGGGAGUCCAGCUUAUGCAGCACCCGAGUUGAUCCAGGGCAAAGCUUACAUUGGUUCAGAGGCAGAUAUUUGGAGCAUGGGAGUGCUCCUAUAUGCCCUCCUCUGUGGAUUUCUGCCUUUCGAUGAUGACAACGUGAUGGCCCUCUACAAAAAAAUAGUGAGAGGGAAAUAUGAGGUUCCCAAAUGGCUCUCGCCUGGCGGUGUGCUGCUUCUUCACCAGAUGCUGCAGGUGGACUCAAAGAGACGGAUUACAGUGAAACAUCUCUUAAAUCACCCCUGGCUCAUGCAAGGAUACUCUUUUGCCGUUCAGUGGCAAAGUAAAUACCCGCUUGGGCAUCUUGAUGAAGACUGCGUCACAGAAUUUUCAGUGUUCCACAAAUGUAGCCGAGAAAGAAUGGCGGACAUAAUUUCAGAGUGGAGAUAUGACCACGUGACCGCAACGUAUCUCUUGCUCCAAUCCAAGAAAGCUCGUGGCAAGCCCGUUCGCCUGAGGAUUCCUUCUCUAGCAUUCGACUGUGCGAAUGUCACUGCAAGCAGAGAGCAGAAGUUCAAAAAGAGCCUGACUUUUGAAGAUGCUCCGGACAGUGGUAACGAAAUGCCUGAUGUGUUUGGAUCCUUGGAAUUUCUCGGCUCGUUCGAAGCUCGACCUGUGCCUUGUAUUACACCCAAAGGCAAACAGCACCAUGUAUUCCUGGAUGGUGGAGAGUUCACACCACCUUUUCCUCCCAUGCCAAGGAGGGGAGCAUCAUCAAAGAAAAAGGCCAACAAGGAGAACUCUGAUGCCAAAGUUGCAGCAACGUUUGAGCCUUUCGUGCUUCCUGCUCCCAAGAGGCCGACGUGGGCCAUGAACGAGAAGAGAGUGCUGACCACCCCGAAUCGCGCGCCUCCAUGUGAAGAGAGCAGUCAGGCCGUGAAAGAAAGCCCUGCUAAGAAGCCACCAACUCCUACCAAUCCGGAGGAAUUGGCAACGGGGGUCAUUAGCCCCGAGCGAAGGUGUCGCUCCGUGGAACUGGAUCUGAACCAGGCUCAUCUGGGAAGUGGUCAAAAGAGGAAGGGGGCCAAAAUGUUUGGAAGCUUUGAACGAGGCUUGGAUAAAGUGAUCACGAUGCUCACACCCAAUAAAAGGAAAGGCUCGGCAAAAGAAGGCCCGAGGAAGCUAAGGGCUCAUUACAAUGUGACCACAACUAACCUUCUGAAUCCGGAUGAGCUGCUAAAGGAAAUAAUUGCUGUCCUUCCUAAAAAACAUGUUGAGUAUGUACAGAAAGGCUACAAGCUCAAGUGUCAAACACAGUCGGACUUUGGCAAAGUCACCAUGCAGUUUGAGCUGGAGGUCUGCCAGCUGGGCAAAUCCGAAGCUGUGGGCAUCAAGAGGCAGCGGCUGAAGGGGGACGCUUGGGUCUACAAAAGACUAGUGGAAGACAUCCUGUCUAGCUGCCGGUUGUAGCCUUCGGUCCCCCA